GAGCGGGGAGGAGAAUCCUCUCUUUCUCUCUCUAUCGCUCGGAGUAGUAGUUAGCUCACAUUAUGAAUUGAAUCAAGAAAAUUUUCGAUUCUUCUUCUUGUUAAACGCACCAAUCUUCAAUUGUUCAUCAAAAUGUAUUAUUAUUAGCACACGGAAAAGCAGAAUCUGGUGAGAAACAACAAGCUAAGCUCCGCCCCAAAUGGAAGAGGGAACUCAAAUUCUGGAGAUCAACUUGAUCUCUGCUCAAUCCCUCAAAACCCCAGUCGCUAACUUGCGCCGUAUGCAAACUUAUGCCAUACUCUGGGUUGAUUCAUCAACCAAGCUUCGUACGAAGAUCGAUCAUCUAGGCGGCGAAAACCCUACAUGGAAUGACAAAUUCCUCUUCCGUGUUUCGCCGGAAUUCAUUUCAGGUGAAACCUCCGGUGUCUCUGUUGAAAUCUACGCCGUCGGCUACAUCAAGGAUUUUCUCAUUGGUACUGUGCGUUUACUCAUAAGUAGUUGUCUUAAAGGAAUUGCGAAACAUGGAAUUACUACUGCUACUCCGGCUUUCAAUGCUGUACAAGUUAGGCGACCUUCUGGAAGAUUCCAUGGAGUUUUGAAUAUUGCUGCUGCGGUGUAUAGUAGUUCGGAUUUUUCGUUGUUGAAUGGAUUAUCCGCCAUCUGCUUCGGCGAUUUGAUGGAAGAAAAAGAGAAUGGUAGUCGAUGGCGGCGGCGACGUCUUAGCCGUGGAGGAUCUAAGCGGAGAGAGCCGCCACCAUCAUCAGGCGGCGAAUCUUACGAUUUCUCCGACGGUACUGAUUCGACAACUUCGUCGUCGUCGUCAUCGGCGGUGUCAAUGGCGUUGAAAGAUUGCAACUGUGUACCAACAGUUACAGAAAUGGCGGGAAAGAAAGAUUUGAAAUCAGACGGUGGAGGUUUGCUGUGUGGAUUGAUGUUGCAGAAGAAGAUCCCAUUCUGUCCGUUCGAUCAAAAUUCAUCGUUCUGGACCGAUUCCUUUGAGAAGGAACCAUAAUAAACGGUCCAGAUUCUUCUUAUACAAAUCAACGGUGAUGAUCAACUCAAAAUCAUUUCAGUUGCAAAAAAAUCAAAUCCACCCCUUUGAGUCUCAUUAAUUGCAGAUUUCACCCAUUCAUUUGUUUUUCCAUUGCUAUUUUUUGGUUAAUUUUGAUUAGCAAUUAACAUUUUGUGAUGUAACAUCUUGUUCUUGAUUCUGCAUUGAAUCAAACUGUGGUUUUGUGUUCCUUUAA